AUGUGCAUUGGCUCAAGAUCCGGUUUAUGCCGAUUAAAUGAAUUAACUUCUGGUCAACUUGGCUUCACCAGACAAAUGGUUCGUCAUACAACUCUACCACAUAUUACUCUUUUAUUUGUCGCCAUAUGCUAUAUUAUUGUGGGAAGUUUAUCAUUUACAGCAUUUUGUCACAUGGAUGAUCGUACAGAAAUAGAUGCCACUAUAUUGGCUAAAAUGAAAGAAAAUUUAAUUGCUGAAACAAUACGACCACGCUCAAUGAAGAGGCAAAAAGAAGAUCUCGAAAAAUCAUUGGAUAAUUAUGCUUUCAAACUUCACAAAAUAUUUCAAAAAUACAUUCGCCGAUUAUUUAUGAGAAGGCCGCCAAUAGUAUCGCUUCAUUUAUUUUUUUAA